CACAACUCACGAGGUUCAAAAAAGGCAAUAAAGUAGAAACAUUUUUUUGUAGACAAUAUAGUAGAAAUAUUUGAUAGACACCAAUAAGGAUACAAAGAAUGGGGCCUUGAUGUUAUUGGGAAGUUGUUUUUUUAUUAUUAUCAUUCACAAAUGGUCUGUGUUUUUUCUGGGGAGAUUUUGUUUUGUCCUUUUGCGUAGUGGGGGGGAUUUUUCAUUUUUGUGAGGCUGUGGAGCUUCUGAGUGGUGUGAUAGUAUUGCAACUACAGUUUUUAGUGUGUGGUUCUGUUCGUCAGGUGGCCUAGCCGAAACAGGAGACCCUCCCAUGGUGCAGGAUAUUUGUCGUUAUGUUUGUCAAGCCGAGGUGUUGAUAAUGAUGAAAGGUUAGGUUUUUCUUAUAUGCUUGCACCACUGUAAUGAGUUACUGAUUCAAAAUGGUAAUGGUGGAAGUGAGCGAGUGUAAUAGAAAUCGGAGAAUACCUCCGUUUCUUGGAUGUGUUUGUUCUGGUCUUCAUGCAGCUCUAGGUGGAUAGUAAUGGAGGGUUCAUCCGAGUCUGCCUGGCAGAAAUCUGAUAGUUCUAGGGGAUUGAAUGUUUCUGGAGUCUCAGACAGGAAUCUGAGGCUUCUUCCUGCCAACAGAAUUGGCUUCUCAGGUGAUGCAUGGCAUGAUUCUGUGUUUGGAACGGAUAGAGGUAGGGUUGCGUUGGCUCACACGGAUCAUCUAAAAAACCAAGGUGGUUCUUUUGGAGUUUGUGAGGAUGAGGUAGCACUUAACCGUUUUGUCCAUACCAUAGAAUGGGGUGAUGCUAGUUUGAGGGAGUGGUUGGACAAACCAGAACGCUCUGUUGAUCUCUUAGAGUGCUUGCACAUAUUUAGGCAAAUUAUGGAGAUUGUUAACGUAGCACAUUCCCAAGGAAUUGUUGUUCAUAAUGUGCGGCCUUCCUGCUUUGUGAUGUCCUCUUUCAAUCAUGUCUCCUUCAUUGAGUCUGCAUCUUGCUCGGAUUCUGGUUCUGAUUCUUUGGAAGAUGGGACCAACAGUCGAAAUGUGGAGGCUAAGAAUUCAUCCUUUUCGUUGCCCUAUGAUGGGAAUCAACAAAGAAGCAACCUAGGAAGUGAAGAUUUUCGAUCCGUUACAGCACCAACUAAUGCCCUAUCAGACACUGCUUGUGUGCAGUCAAGUUCAGUCUACACAGCACGCGUAUCAUUAACAGAACAGAGUGAAGAAAAUAAAGACAGAGAUAGGGGGAAAGUUGAAGCUGCAGAAGAAAAGAAGCAACCAUUUCCAAUGAAACAGAUAUUGCUCAUGGAGAUCAAUUGGUACACAAGCCCCGAGGAGGUUGAGGGUUCUCCAAGUUCCUGUGCUUCAGACAUUUAUCGGCUGGGGGUUCUUCUCUUUGAGUUAUUCUGUCCAUUUAGCUCGAGAGAAGAAAAAGGUAGAACUAUGUCUAGUCUGAGACAUCGAGUUCUUCCACCUCAAUUGUUGCUGAAGUGGCCAAAAGAAGCUUCAUUUUGCUUAUGGUUACUGCACCCUGAGCCGAGUAUUCGGCCAAAAAUAAGCGAGUUGUUACAGAGCGAGUUCCUGAAUGAACCAAGGCUUGAUUUCAAAGAACGUGAAGCAGCAGGUGUGCUUAGAGAAAGAACAGAGGAGCAGGAGUUGUUGCUGGAAUUCCUUUUGCUUAUUCAACAAAGAAAACAGGAAGCUGUUAAUAAGUUGCAAGACACUGUUUCCUUUUUGUGUUCUGAUGUGGAAGAAGCAAUGAAGCAGAAAACAAUUCUUAGGAAAAAAAGUGGUUCAUGCCCAGAACUGGGGAAAAAUGAUUAUUUGAUUUCAAGUCCCCCAUCAAUGAAUAUUGUUGAUAGUGAUGAUUCUACUAGCUUGGGGUCUAGAAAACGAUUUAGACCAGGACUGAAGAUUCACAACACAGAGGAAUGUGAUGAUAAUCUCGAUGAUGGUCUGAAGUCAGAUACACUCAGUGGCAAUAGUGAAAUCUUUCUUUCAAGAAGAUCUCGGUUAAUGAAAGACUUCAAGAAACUGGAGUCUGCAUACUUUUUGACAAGAUGCAGGCCAAUCAAGCCCUCAGGGAAACCAGUGAGCAGGCACUCGCCAAUAAGUAGUGAUGGUAAGGGGUCUAUUGUUGUAACUGAGAGGAGUUCCGCUAAUAAUUUGGUACCGAAAGAUCAGUCAAGCGAGGGUAGACAAAGUGGCUGGAUUAAUCCAUUCCUUGAAGGGUUGUGCAAGUAUCUAUCCUUCAGUAAGUUAAAAGUUAAGGCAGACUUGAAGCAAGGGGAUCUGUUAAAUUCUUCAAAUCUAGUAUGUUCUCUCAGUUUCGAUCGAGACGGACAGUUUUUUGCUACUGCUGGUGUAAAUAAGAAAAUUAAAGUAUUUGAAUGUGACACGAUCAUAGAUGAAGAUCGUGACAUCCACUAUCCCGUAGUUGAAAUGGCUAGUGGGUCAAAGCUAAGCAGUAUAUGUUGGAACAGUUAUAUCAAAAGCCAGAUUGCUUCAAGUAACUUUGAAGGUGUUGUGCAGUUAUGGGAUGUUGCAAGAAGUCAAUCACUGAUGGAAAUGAGAGAGCAUGAGAGGCGUGUAUGGUCCAUAGACUUCUCAUCAGCAGAUCCAACAAUGUUGGCCAGUGGGAGCGAUGAUGGUUCUGUUAAGCUAUGGAGCAUCAAUCAGGGAGCCAGUAUUGGUACCAUCAAAGCAAAGGCGAAUGUCUGCUGUGUUCAGUUUCCCUUGGAUUCUGGUCGUUCCCUUGCAUUUGGUUCGGCAGAUCACAGAAUUUAUUACUAUGAUCUCCGUAACCUCAGAACUCCUCUCUGCACAUUAAUUGGACACAACAAAACCGUGAGUUACGUCAAAUUUGUUGAUGCAAUGAAUAUUGUUUCUGCAUCCACGGAUAACACUCUGAAGCUCUGGGACUUGUCAAUGUGCGCUUCUCGGGUUAUUGACACUCCGCUUCAAUCAUUAACAGGGCACAUGAAUGUAAAGAAUUUCGUUGGUUUGUCAGUUUCUGAUGGUUACAUUGCUACUGGUUCAGAGACAAAUGAGGUGUUCAUCUACCACAAAGCUUUCCCCAUGCCUGCAUUGUCAUUCAAGUUUGACAACACAGACCCACUGUCCGGCCACGAAGUGGGUGAUGCUGCACAGUUCAUUUCUUCUGUUUGUUGGCGCGGUCAGUCCUCAACCUUAGUUGCUGCAAAUUCUGCUGGGAAUAUCAAAAUUUUGGAGAUGGUUUAAUUUGGUCCAAAUCAUUCACAAUUCUUAGGAAAAGGAUAGACGUGUAGGGCAGAGACACGAGGUUAAAGAAUCUUACGCCAAAGAAACUUGUGUAGCCAAGACAGGCUUUUAAAUGUCCUAGGAGCUCGAUGAUUCCGAGCAACUUGGGAAAAUUUUGGCAUUAGAUCAUAAUAGCGGAUAUGGUUUUACCUGAAGAGUGAGGAUGGUCUUUUUCAAUUGUAAUUUGUAAUGCAGAUAAAAUUUCAAAGAAUAGGAAAAUGUAUAAAAUUGGUAUAA